AAGACGCUAUCUAAAUACCAGUAAUCAAACGAUGAUUUGACUCGGCAACACGAUCAUUUUAAAUAAUUCAAAAUAAUAUUGGAUACGCAAAUAAGGUUCUGCCAUCUUCAACAAUUGCAAGAUAUAGACAACAUAGAGAAACCCGUAACAUCAGUGAUUGAAGCUCACUGUAUAAGUAUGGACAAAUUAAAUCUUUACUUAUUUUUAUCUAUUUUUAUUUUCAAACAAUACGAGUGUGUAUUGGAAGAAUUUUGCGAUAAAGACGAUAUUGAAUGUCAACGUCCAAAUGAUAUAACCAAAUUAGGAACGCUUCAACAUGGCAAAAGUCAAGAAAACAAUAUAUUACGCCGUGUUCAACGUGUCGGUUUGCAUGAGUGUGUGAAAGAAUGUUUGGUGACGUCACAGUGCACCGCUAUUAACUAUCGAAAAAACUGGAAGCUAUGUGAUCUACUUGGAGAAAUACCAAGAGGCAAAAAGCUCAAGGAUGAGUCUAGAAGUAUUUUUAGUAAAAUAUCAAAAUGGCCGAAGUCCCUUGCUGGAAAAUGUGCAGACCACACGUGUGAUGUUGGAAACAAAUGUGGAAAACAGCAAAAUGGUGAUUUAUCAUGUAUACCUGCUUAUUGUAGAGAAUCUGCUCCAGAUAUAAAAAAUGCAGCCUGCAUAGAAAACUUUGGAAUGUAUAAAAAUCUAGGAACAGCCAACCUUUUUAAGUGCAAUUCAGGUUUUACAAUGAGAGGUAAUCCAUUUUUGGUAUGUAAAGACAAUGGAGAGUGGAAGAGUUUGUUUUGCUGCCUCCCAAAUUACAAAAGUAAAGAAGUGCCACAUGACUGUAGUGACAUACCAUCUGAUUGUACUUCUGGGAUCUAUAAAAUAAAUCCUACAGGUAGAAGUGAGAUUGAUGUGUUCUGUGAUAUGGAGACAGCAGGUGGGGGAUGGACGGUGUUUCAGAAGAGACUAGAUAACUCUACGAAUUUCUAUAGGGGUUGGUCUACCUAUGAAAAGGGAUUUGGAAACCUGCAGCGGGAAUUUUGGUUAGGAAACAAAUACAUGAACGAGAUAUCAUCUAGCGGUAAAUACAAACUUUACAUUGAACUUGAGGACUUUGAUGGGAAUAAAAAGUACGCAGAGUAUAAGUUGUUUAGUGUUGGCGAUGCGGCUUCAAACUACAUCUUACGUGUUAGUGGAUACAGUGGAUCUAGUACUGCAGACGACAGUUUUUCAUAUCAUAACGUCAUGGAGUUCAGUACCUUUGACAAGGAUAAUGAUGAAUGGAAAGGUACUAACUGUGCUAAAUUGCGAAAGGGUGCUUGGUGGUAUAAAAUAUGUAUACAGUCAAAUCUGAACGGGUUAUAUCUAGGAGGAAAGACAGAUAUAUUUGGUGAUGGAAUUGUUUGGAAUUCAUGGCACGGAAAGAAAUAUUCUCUUAAAUCUACAAAAAUGAUGAUAAAAAGGAACUAAAUAAAAGCACAUUUUUCCGCAAUGAAAAUAUUUUGUGUAUGAAAUAUCAUUAAAUAUUUGUUGAUGGAAAUGAGUUGAAAAACUUGGAGACGAAACGUCUUAACAUUUGCUUUAAUAUUAAGUCUUGUGCUGUAAUCUUAAGGUUGGUUGAUGGUCUAAUUUACAAAUUUUUGAUACUUUUUUGCUACUCCUUUUAGAUUAAAACAAAUGCUCAGCGACCCUUAAAUUUCUAUAUAAUCAGAAAAAUAAAAUACCUACAGUACAUAUUAGAUAAAGUAUGAAAUUAUAAUAGCACUUUAUAAAUUUCUUGCGUCCGAAACGCUUUCAAUUUUUUUAUAUGCUUAUAUAUUUUUCAUACAGUUUAUUAUUUAAUUCAUCCAAUAUUCAAUUCGAUAAAAUACGAGUCAACUAUUUCAACAAACAAUUCCGAUUUUCAAAGCUUGUAUCUUUUGAAAGCAAGCACACAUACAUUGUACUUAUUUAUCAUUUACAAAUACUUUGCCAUUUUGAAUUCCGAAAACAAAUCCUUAAGGUGGAUGAUCGGUAUAGUGUUCCUCAGACAGAAUAUUCUUAUAUUUUGCCAAAAUAUAGAUUUAAUCAUAAAAUUGAGAAUGGACACGGGGAAUGUGUCAAAAAGACAACAACCCAACCAAAAAGCAUAAAACAGCCGAAGGCCACCAAUAGUCAUGCUUUUUUUUAAAUAACAUAAAGUAUUGGUCACCGUGGUUUUUUUAAAGCUACAAGUCGUUCAGAAUUGUCCAAACUUGCAAAGAUUAUUCAUGAAAAAACACAAUGAGAUAGAAAUUUGAAAUAAAAUAUGAGAAAAUAGAUUUUUUGUAUGCUUUAAGAAAAUAUAGAGAAAACAUGGUGAGACCGAACUUGUUUUCUUGCUACAAGUAGAGCAUGAAAAUUUCUUUAACAUUCUUUUAUUAAAUUUUAAUAAAUUUGGGUUAUCUCCCCCUUAAGGCCUAGGUUAAAAAAUUGAUUCGAAAAACAUAAAUAUUUAAAUUUGUUAGAACAGUCUUAAUAAUGCAAUAAAUCCCUUAUUUUUUUUCUAUCAAAUAUACAGUCUUACACAUCAGACCAACAUUUGCUGAUGUAAGCAAAGGACUAGACCGAUAAUUGUGUUCUACUUUUUUUAAAUCCAAGAUGGCGGUAUGCAGUUUAUCUACCUUAAAAUACUGUUCUACAGUCUUUUGAAACUUUUUAUUCAUUGUUAUUUCUCUAUUUACAUGAUAUUUUUUGCAGGUCAUAUAUAUUUUAUCAUUUUCUAUUUUUUUGUUCGAACUGUGAUUUUCCACAACCCUUAUUGUUAUUAUUUAAAGAUGUAUCCUACUUUUGUUUUACAUUGAUGUAUAAAUCAUUAGAAUGAACAUUCAAAUACAACCAGACAUAUAUUACGUGAACAAACAUGUAACUUAAAAAAAUGUUUGAUGACAUUAAAAGUUUUUUUUUU